CCGGAAUAACUUGACGGCGAGCGAAAGACGGAAUUUCCCGCGCGAGCCCUUUUGCCUUGCCAGAGCUCCCCCAUUUGCUCCACAUCCGUCACCAUCAUCAGCCGACAGACAGGUUUCUCCCCCAAACCCUCCACGCCUCUUUUUUUGCGGUCGCGUCGGGCUUCUCCAGCCGCAACCAUUGUCGGCGUCUCUUCACCCCUCGGCCCCAGCACCGCUUCGGCUUCAGUUACGUAGCCCGUCCUGCUCUGCACAGCUGGACCCUCACUCGGUUGCUCCCCUUCCUCUCUUCGUGACAACUCCUUGUCCACCACCGUGUUUCGCCCCGACGACCGGAGCGAACCCUCAGACCAUCGCUAUUCUACAUCCAUCAUACAUCGUCGUCACUUGGUCUCGGCCCACAUAUGACCUUGCGCGCGCUGAACCACGUUCCCUACCUUCGCGAACGCGUCUGUUCUCCCGCCAUCGUUUUCGCCCUUAAAGCCGAUCUCCAGCUGUAACGCCGCCAUGAACCCAGCGCACCGCGACGCCUGGCCGCCAAACCAGGCGCCUUUGCCCCCAUCAGCUCAACAACAGAACGAACAACCUCAGCCAUCACGGCCUAUGGGCGCAUUUGGAUCCAACAGUGCGAACCAACAACCGUCGUCACAUCCUCCGUCGGCGCAAGGCAAUGGAACUGUUCUGCCUCCCCCAUCAGGUCCAUCAUAUUACCCAUCAAGCGCUGCUGUGCAGCAUAACCAGAACCUCCCAUCGCUUUCGGGUCUUUCUGCCCAAGCUGCGCAGGCCUCACCUCACCAACCUACACAACCACCACCUUCAUCAGAGCCCAACUCUCACCCACAAAACGUUCAGUCCGCACCGCAGGGUCCUCCUUACUCGUUGCCUGGCAUUUCCCAGACACUCCAACAGUCGCAUGGCCCAACAAACAACCAAGUCAACUUAGAUCGCGAGCGCGAACUUCGUGAACGAGAGAGCAGAGAACGAGAAAUCAUGGAGUCACAUGCCGCGCAACACGCCGCUCAACAAGACGACAUCGUGAAACGAGAGGUUGAACAGCGCGAUCGUGAGUUGCGCGAACGACAACAGCAGCAACAGCAACACGAGCAGGUGGCGCAUGAAAACCACUCUGCACCGAUUCAGAUCCAUCAGCCUGUGGCAGUAGCUCCUUCUACGAGGACAAUUCACGGGCCAAACGGCCUCUUGGGUCAGGCCGGCCCUCUUGGUGGCCCCGCGAUAGUUGGACAAAACCCACCAAACUCCAUGUUCAGUGGUGGCGCUUCGGGGCCGCCCGUGCAGCAGGGAGAGACGACACCCCGGAUGCAGCAUGCUGUGCAGCCCCCCUCUCAAGCUUCGAUGCUUAUGCCGUUUACAGGUCCCCAAGGCCAGAUGGCUAUGGGCCAGGGUCAACAACCUAUUCUCAAUGAUGCGUUGAGUUAUUUGGAUCAAGUCAAAGUCCAAUUCGCAGAUCAUCCAGACGUCUAUAACCGUUUUCUGGAUAUAAUGAAAGACUUUAAGAGCGGAGCAAUCGACACUCCCGGCGUCAUUGAGAGGGUCUCGUCACUUUUUGCAGGCAAUCCGAACUUGAUCCAAGGAUUCAAUACUUUCCUACCCCCAGGGUACAAAAUUGAAUGCGGCACCAACGGCGACCCCAAUGCAAUCCGAGUCACAACUCCGAUGGGUACCAUGGUCUCCACUAUGCCUGCUCCCAGGCCGCUGUCACCACCACGAAGCUCCGGGGUGAAUGGAAACGCCCCCCCACAAAAUGACCCUGCCUACUACGAGCAAUCGGUAGCGAGAACGUGGACUGCACAGAACUUGAGGGACCUUCGGCCUCCUCAGCCCGAGAAUCAGGAAGCUGCUUUCUCACCAAACAACCGCAAUAACCUUGGCCAACCACUCUUCGGACCUCCACAAGGACCCCCAGUCCCAGCUCCACUAUCGCCCGAAGCGAAUAACCGGCCCCUUCCAGAGAGCGUUCCUUCUGCUGCUAGUAUCGCGCACCAACAAGAACAACGUGGUGUAUCUCAGCUGCAAAACGCCGUCUCUGCUGCCGCUACGGGGCGCACUAUCAUGUCACCUAAUGGAGACGCCUCUACGACUCUGCCAGGUCAAACUUUGAAUGGUAUUGCCCAAAGCGCACAGAUGGGCGCUCUUGGUGCUGAGAAACGCGGUCCCGUUGAAUUCAACCACGCCAUUAGUUACGUGAACAAAAUCAAAAACCGCUUCGCUUCUCAGCCAGACAUCUACAAACAGUUUCUCGAGAUAUUGCAGACUUACCAAAGAGAAUCAAAGCCUAUCCAAGAUGUAUAUGCGCAGGUCACCGGGCUCUUCAGCUCGGCACCUGAUCUCUUGGAAGAUUUCAAGCAGUUCUUGCCCGAGUCGGCUGCACAUCACAGGGCCCAGCAAGCCGCUAGACAUAAUGAAGAGGCCGCUAUGAUGGGCAACGCCCGGGGUGACCCUGCCUAUGGUCAAGCCCCUAACCAUCAACAAACCCCUCGAGCCGAUAGUUCACGACUGCCUCCUAUGGGCAACUUUGCGCCGACUCCUACAGCAAAUCGUGAAAACAAGCGCAAACGCGGUGAUCGAGCAGGCGAACGCGCAGGCGCUGGCACGACCGGAGCUGCACCACCCCCAGUCAUGGCACAGGAGCCGCCUACUUCGAAUAUGCGCGGAAACUACCCACAAGGGAACAUGAACAAGCGUGCCAAAACUGGACAUACGAAACAACCCGCCGUCGCUGAUGGACCACCAGUGUCACCCACGCUCACUCCAGCUCAUCCUGAACCGAUGCCUCCGAGCGCCACUACUACACCCAAUCAAGACGAGUUGGCGUUCUUCGACCGUGUGAAGAAGUUCAUUGGGAACAAAGGCACGAUGAAUGAGUUCUUGAAGCUCUGCAAUUUGUUCUCUCAGGACUUGAUCGACAAGAAUCUGUUGCUUUAUCGCGCCCAGUCAUUCAUUGGAGGUAACCAAGAACUGUUCUCGUGGUUCAAGAAGUUCCUUGGGGACGACGACGAACAGGCAUAUACACGCCCGAAAACCGUCAACUCACGUGUCUCACUCUCGAAUUGCCGCAGCCUGGGCCCAAGCUAUCGCCUUCUUCCGAAGCGUGAGCGCGAGAGGGUAUGCAGUGGACGUGAUGAGCUCUGCCGCUCUGUACUGAACGAUGAAUGGGCGUCUCAUCCCACUUGGGCAUCGGAAGAUUCUGGGUUCGUGGCUCACAGAAAGAAUCAGUUCGAAGAAGGACUCCACCGCAUCGAGGAGGAGCGCCACGACUAUUCCUUCAAUAUCGAAGCCUGCGACCGGACCGUUCAGCAACUCGAACCGAUUGCUAACCAGCUGCUUCAAAUGCGCCCUGAAGAUAGAGUGAACUUCCAACUGCCAUCCGGCCUAGGCGGGCAAAGCGAAACCAUCUACAAACGGGUCAUUAUGAAGAUCUAUGGACGCGAAAAAGGCAGGGAUGUGAUCCGUGAACUCUUCCAGAUGCCCUGGAGCGUUGUACCAGUUCUGCUUCAUCGUCUCAAAGCUAAGCUUGAAGAUUGGAAGGCUGCACAGCGUGAAUGGGAGAAGGUCUGGCGCGAUCAAACCCAGAAAAUUUUCUGGAAGUCACUCGAUCACCAAAGUCUAUCUGUCAAGCAAAACGACAAGCGCCAAUUCCAACAAAAGUCCCUCCAGAAUGAGAUCCAAGUUCGCUAUGAGGAACAAAAGCGGCUCCAGGAGAUACAAGAGAUUCCCCAGCCCGACUAUCAGUUCAAGUUUGCACUGAAAGACGAAGACGUCUUGUUCGACGUCGCUCGCCUUAUCAUCACCUUUGCAGACAACAGCAACACGAUAGAGUAUGGCAAAGUCGUGCCCUUCAUCAAAGAGUUCGUACCACUAUUUUUCGGCAUUGACGCUACGCAUUUCGACGAGAAAGUGCAAACCAUGAGCCGCGAGUCAUCCACCAACGGUUCAGGUGAAGAAACCGCAAGCGCCGAUGAUGAUCUCUCCCAUCGAUCGCAAAAGAAGGGCGGGGAUCUUCGCCGCAACGUCCUGGACCCCCGUGGCAAAGCGCGCAAGGACAAGGAUGACAGUCUUGCAUCUGUUAGCAGAGACAGCUCACCCGGUGUCACAUCGGCCAAUGACGACGAAGCCGGUGGAGAGAGCUCCAACUCAAACACACGGGACGGUCGCACACAAGCGCAGUGGGUUGAAUACGCUUCUCGGCCAUCUGCGUUUGAUGAUCGCGAGUAUGAACACGAGGAACCCUACCGACGAAGCGAGUACAAUAUGUAUAUCAACUCCCCGAUAUACUGCUUCUUCCGCAUGUUUGUCAUUCUCUACGAAAGGCUAUUGAAGCUCAAGGAGAAUGAAGAUGAUGUGCGAAAGAUUGUUUCUCGGGCCAAGGCCCCCAAGCCUGCUCAUGAGCUGAAGAUGUUGGACAAGGUACCCUCCGACUUCUUCAAGGAUACAUCCGACUCUGCCAAUUACUACAAGCAAGUCCUCGAUCUUCUCGAAGACCAGAUUCUUGGUGAGGUGGAUAUGACGCACAUUGAAGACACUAUGCGCCGAUAUUACCUCCAGGUAGGCUGGCAGCUGUACUCUUUCGACAGGCUCCUGAGCUCCCUUGUUCGUUUCAGCCUAGCCGUUGUGGGCAACGACAACAAGGACAAAACGCUCGAUAUCUACAACCUGUUCAAGAAAGACCGUGUCAACGAGACAACCACGCAUAAGAACGAGAUCACCUAUAGGAAGGCGGUCGAGAAGUAUGCCAAAGAUGCUGACACUUAUCGCAUCACCUAUGACCCCAAUAAGGCGGAAGCUACUGUGCGAUUGUUCAAGAGAGAUGACCCAACAUUUGAAUUCAAUCAGUUGGACAAGGUCAAGCGCUGGCGGGCAUAUGUGGCGUCGUACAUGGCAGUUGAACCCACUGAGAGUCUGGACUACACCCGUCUUCGCUACCCAUACCUAAAGAACGGCCUGAACAAGGCUGAAGAUCCGGGCGAGGACGACCGCUUCGAGCACAUCAAGGGCGCAGACAAGAUCACCGUGCAAAUCAACCCGCAGAUGUACACGAUGAAAUUCAUUGCGAGCGAACCUGCAGGGAUCGGUGGUGUGCAGUACUUUGUCCAGCCUGAUUCCAUGCGAUCCGGAGUCAGCGAGAGCGUGCCGAAGCCAGAUGAAGAACUCGAGAGUGUUAAGGCUGCGAAGAUUGAUCGUCUUCAGGAACGCCAAGUCCGCAACAACCUUUGGAUGAAGGAUCUUAGUCGAGAUGAAGUCGAAGCUAAGAAGCUGCCUUUUAGUCAAAUGAAGGAAACGCCGAAGUCAGUGCAGCAGGAUGAUGAGGAUGUGGAGAUGGCUGGUGUGUAA